UUCCUCAAAUAAAAAAGGAAAUCUCUCUUCGUUCUCUCUCUAGUCGUCGAUUCAGUGUUUCGAGGGAGAGAGAGGAGAGCCAGAGAGCGAGAUGGAGAAGGCGAUCAAUAGGCAGAGGAUCUUGCUUCAGCAUCUGAAGCCCUCGUCUUCCACGGAUCAAUCUCUUCUUUCGGCGUCGGUUUGUGCUGCUGGAGAUAGCGCCGCGUACGAGAGGAAUGCUAGUUUUGGGGAUGAUGUUGUUAUUGUAGCUGCUUACAGAACUGCAAUUGGAAAGGCAACACGAGGAGGUUUCAAGGAUGCACACCCUGAAGACCUGCUAGUGCCUCUCCUCAAGGCAUUGAUAGAUAAGACUAAGCUGAACCCCAGUGAAGUUGGUGAUAUUGUUGUUGGUACUGUCUUGGCGCCGGGUUCAGAAAGAGCAAUUCUUUGCAGGAUGGCAGCAUUUUAUGCUGGUUUCCCGGAUACCGUCCCUUCGCGAACUGUGAACCGGCAGUGCUCGUCUGGUCUUCAGGCAGUUGCUGAUGUUGCUGCUGCAAUAAAAGCAGGCUUCUAUGAUAUCGGUAUUGGAGCAGGUUUAGAAUCAAUGAGUGCCGACUCAGUUAAAUUGGUGCGACCUGUUAACCCAAGGGCACAGUUAUUUCCACAAGCUCAAGACUGCCUUCUUCCCAUGGGUAUUACUUCUGAAAAUGUUGCACAACGUUUUGGUGUCACUCGUGAGGAGCAGGAUCAAGCUGCUGUUGAAUCUCAUAAGCGAGCUGCAGCAGCAACUGCCGCUGGUAAAUUUAAGGAAGAAAUAAUACCUGUGACCACGAAGAUUGUAGACGCAAAAACUGGAGAAGAAAAGCAAAUUACAGUUUCUGUGGAUGAAGGAAUCCGUCCAAACACAUCUAUGGCAGGCCUUGCAAAACUCAAACCUGCAUUCCAUAAAGAUGGGAGCACCACUGCUGGUAAUGCUAGUCAGGUAAGUGAUGGUGCUGGAGCUGUACUUCUCAUGAGGAAAAGUAUUGCAGUGCUAAAGGGGCUUCCUAUACUUGGCAUAUUCAGGAGUUUUGCCGCUGUUGGAGUGGAGCCUGGUGUAAUGGGCAUCGGCCCAGCAGUUGCAAUACCUGCUGCGGUAAAAGCUGCUGGCCUACAAAUUGAAGAUAUUGACCUUUUUGAAAUCAACGAGGCCUUUGCCUCACAAUACGUAUAUUGCUGCAAAAAGUUGGGGCUCAACCCAGAGAAAGUUAAUGUUAAUGGAGGGGCCAUUGCUCUUGGUCAUCCGUUGGGCGCCACAGGUGCCCGUUGUGUAAGUACCUUACUAAAUGAAAUGAAACGCAGAGGCAAAGACUCUAGAUUCGGCGUGAUAUCUAUGUGCAUCGGAUCUGGAAUGGGGGCUGCUGCUGUUUUUGAACAAGGUGAUGCAGUUGAUGAGCUCUGCAAUGCUCGGAGAAUCCAGCCAAACAACUACUUGUCUAAGGAUGCAAUGUGACCAUCCUCACUUGUGAAGAGUGUUGUGGACUACUAGAAUAUUUACUUUGUCUAGCCUGUGUGCAUCAUUUAAAGGACCCUCUCAAGUUCAUGAUGAAAUUCUCUUGAAUCAGUUUGAUGAAAUUAUCUUUGCUAUUGUAAAGAUAUGACUCAUGUAAGUAAAGAUAUAAUGCAAUCUCAUCGACAAAUAAUGACAGUGUGUCCAUCGUUUGCAUUA